CCUACCUUCCCUAAAACUGUUCCACCAAUAAAACUGCUUCCGGCCACUCUACAUAAUAUAGCCUCAGUCCUUGAGAAACCCCCAACCAUUUUCAAAACCUGACCCUUCUUUGCUGUAGAAAGUGACGCAACUGCAAAAUGGGCAAGAGUGAGGAGGUGGUUCUACUGAACUACUGGCCGAGCCCGUAUGGGAUGAGGGCAAUGAUUGCGCUGGCGGAGAAAGGAGUCCAGUACGAGUACGUCAGCGUGGACGUCGUCAACAACAAGACCGAACUUCUGCUUCAGAUGAACCCGGUUCACAAGAAGGUCCCCGUCCUCAUCCACAACGGCAGCCCCGUCUGCGAGUCUCUCGUCAUCGUGCAGUACAUCGACGAGCUCUGGGCCGCCGACGGCAAGCCUGUCUUCCUCCCUUCCGAUCCAUACCAAAGAGCCCAGGCCCGAUUCUGGGCCCAUUAUAUCGACGAGCAGAUAUUUGAGUUUGGGAGGAAGAUCUGGAUAAAGACAGGGGAGGAAGUGGAAAACGGGAAGAAGGAGCUAGUUGACUCCCUCAAACUCAUGGAGUCACAGCUUGGUGACAAACCCUACUUUGGAGGGGAAGAGCUUGGCUAUGUGGACAUUGCUCUGGUUCCAUAUUACAGCUGGUUCUAUACCUAUGAGCAGUUUGGGAACAUCAGCAUUGAAGCAGAGUGCCCCAAAUUGGUGGAGUGGGCUAAGAGAUGCAUGAAGAAGGAGAGUGUUUCCAAGGCUCUUCCUGAUCCUGUUAAAGUGCAUGACUUUGUUGUCAUGCUCAGGAAGAAAUUUGGCGUUGAUUCUUAGUUAUAAGUGUGCUACAAUGUCCAAAGAAUGGUUGCUUAAUAAGGCUUUACUGUAAUGGUAAGACAAGCGAAAUAAGGAGAGAAAAAUGGGUUGCGCCUCAAUUCCAUGUGUGGUCUCUCUAACUGGACGGGACGAUUUAUUUGAAAUAUCAAUUAGAUACUCGCUAAUCCCCAAAUCUUUUUGUCAAAAUGUCACUUUCAAAAUACUCAAACCAAAAAUAAUGUUUUCAAAUAACAUA